CAAGAGCAUUAGCCGUAUCGCCGAAUAUUACCAAUUGGAGAGCGUGAUUCGAUGGGCCAUUUACCGCUUCCCCAAAGUGGGGAAUAUUUCCGUGCAUCUGGGGAUGGACAUUUCUUGGUAACGGUAUAAUUGAGGCCGAGAUCGCAUUUGUACAGUACUCUCUUCAUUCGAUUGUGUUGUAUUCCCAUCGUCGGUAUGGCGAAAACUUUCGAUGCUGCGGAAGUUGCGAAGCACAACACGCCAGCGGAUUGUUGGGUGUGUCUAUACGGCGAGGUAUGGGACGUCACGGAAUUUCUCCCCAGCCACCCUGGAGGCUCGAAGAUAAUUCUGCAGCUGGCCGGCCGUGAUGCGACAGAGGAGUACGACCCUAUACAUCCGCCCGGAACGUUGGAAUCGAAUCUUAAGCCCGAAGCAAGAUUGGGGAAGAUUGACCCCUCGACACUACCCAAACCAAAGGCAGAUGGAGCAGAGAAGGAACAAGAGAAGGAAGGGCCGCCAGACAUGCAAAGUCUACUGAAUUUGGAGGAAAUAGAAGAAGUGGCUACGAAGCAAGUUUCAAAGAAGUGUUGGGCAUACUAUUAUUCCGCUGCAGACGACCUUGUCUCCAAGAGUUUCAACGGUCUUGUUUACAAGCAGAUCCUGCUUCGGCCCAGAGUCUUUGUCGAUUGUACGAAAUGCGACACUUCUACCACACUUCUCGGGCACAAGGUUGGGAUACCGUUGUAUGUUUCACCAGCAGCAAUGGCAAGGUUAGCACAUCCAGCGGGAGAACUUGGUAUUGCACAAGGUAUCAGCACAUUUGGAGCCAUGCAAAUUGUUUCAAACAACGCAUCCAUGACACCCGAACAAAUUGUGGAAGGUUCAUUACCUGGGCAAAUUUUUGGGUGGCAGUUAUACGUACAAAAUGAGAGGAAGAAGAGUGAGGAUAUGCUGGCACGGAUUAACAAGAUGUCGGACAAGUACAAAUUCAUCUGUUUGACUCUAGAUGCGCCUGUUCCUGGUAAGAGAGAGCACGACGAGAAGCAAAAGGAUGUCGGCGCAUCGCUGCCGGUGUCAUCUGCCGUGAAAGCGGGUGAGAAGGCAGGUAGACCUGGCGGAGGUGGUGUGGGCCAACAACUCUUUUGGGGAACUGCUGCAGAUCUGACUUGGAAGACUACCCUACCUUGGCUAGCCAAGCACACGAAGCUACCCAUCGUUCUAAAGGGUCUACAGACACACGAGGAUGCAUAUCUAGCAGCACAGUAUGCUCCUCAAGUGAAGGCUAUUAUACUAUCCAACCAUGGCGGUAGAGCGCUUGAUACAGCGCCACCGGCUGUCCACACGUUACUCGAAAUCAGGAAGUAUUGCCCAGAAGUAUUCAACAGGAUCGAAGUAUGGGUAGAUGGAGGGAUCAAGAGGGGGACGGACGUCGUGAAAGCACUAUGUCUAGGUGCUAAAGCAGUUGGCGUCGGGCGACCAGCACUUUUUGGCCUUGGUGCUGGUGGUGUCGAAGGUGUUCAUAGGACCUUUGAAAUCCUCAAAGCGGAGACGGAGACAUGCAUGAGACUUCUCGGAGUCGAGAAGAUCAGCGAGUUAGGCCCUAAACAUAUAAACUCACGAGCUGUCGAACGGGAUAUAUACGAUGGACAAGCGGGAUUGGAGAAGCUUGGGUUAUGGGUGAAAGCCAACUUGUAGAAUCUUCCAAGAAGAUCAAUAGAGAGCAUUUAAUACAUAAGUUCAUUACCAU